AUGGCUUCUGAGACCAGCUUCAAGCUUCCGGGCUUCUCCUUACCCCUGGACUACCUUCCCGAUGGAAAUAUCAUGUUUCCGAGCGUGCUGGAGACCGAUUCCGUCUCGCGCCUGAAUACUCAUCGCGAGCUGCUGAUCAUGCGCGCCAUCAACGCCAUCACCGACAAGUCGGAUUGGGACCAGAAGAUCUUCAACGACGGCAUUCUGGCGAAAUGGCGCAAGGAGAUCAUUGAGAGCCGCGAAGAUGUCACCGCCAAGAUGCUGUCUUGGAUUGUACAGGAGGCAAAGUGGAAAGCCAAGGCCUUUCAAGAAACUGGCCAGGUCGUGGCCUUCGAUGUUGGCGUGGUCAAGUCGGAUACAGCAGUCUCAGAGGAGUUGCGACAGGCUCUGCUAGAAGCUGUCCACCCGCUCGAAGACAUUCCCGAGGACCAGAAAGAUUACCAUCCCGGAUCGGACCAGCAAGUUGUGGAUCUCGUCCAUCCGUCGCUGUUCCCUGUCAUCUACGGGCGGACUCGUAUUCUCCCCGACAAGCGUAUCGAGCUCGAUAGCUUUGAGAGCGCGAUUGGCGAGGGCCAAGUGCUCCCAGUGCCUCCAGAAGAGGAGGCUGGUGCGGCGCGGGAUCGCUGGGGGAACCGCAAUCACGAGCAUAAGCCCUACAGCCGAAAAUUCCAAUGGCUGCCCUGUGACGUCCAGUUUGCUGGCGAUGAUGAGUGCCGUAUCGUCACUUAUGUCAACAAUCUGCAUCCGCGCCAACAUCGCCCGUUAUAUACUGUUAUCGAAAAGGUCCUGGCACAAGCAAUCCCGCUGUGGAACACAAGCUUGGGCUUCAUGGGCGAUUUUUACCAACGCAUCCACUACUAUCAGGUGGAAUUCGGUGAUAAUGGGGAACCAGAGCCUGAGCAGAUGGAUUCGGACGAGGAGGAUGAGCAGGACUUCUGGGAAAGACAUCAGGAGUGGGAGGAUAGCCGUCCUGUCAAGCGUCCUGAGCCCGGCGACUUUAAGCCGCAUGUUCUCACAGGCGAUAAACAGGUGAACUUGCGGAAGGACUUCGCCGAUCAAGGAUUGCAGGUGAUUGUCAAGCUGGCAAAUAUUGAGCUGACGCCAGAGAAGCCCCGGUACGAGGGAGGUUCAUGGCAUAUCGAAGGACAACUGAAUGAGCACAUCUGUGCCACUGCGAUCUACUACUAUGACAGCGAGAACAUCACAGAGAGCACUUUGGAAUUUCGUCAGCGGGCAGACAUCGAUGGGGUGGAAGAGAUCUCGUAUCCUCAGUCGCGGCACGACUUCCUUCAGGAGGUUUUCAACUUUGACGAGGACGUGACCAGUUACGACGAGGACGCUGACAUUACGCAGAUACUUGGUGGCGUAAGCACCCAGCAAGGACGUCUUCUCACCUUCCCUAAUAUCGUUCAACACCGUGUUGACUCGUUCGGACUGGCCGAUACGUCGAAGCCCGGUCAUCGCAAGAUCCUUGCGCUCUUCCUCGUGGAUCCGCACAUUCGCAUCAUCUCCUCUGCUAAUGUGCCCCCUCAGCGCGAGGACUGGUGGAAAGAGCGGCAAGAAGUCGUCGGCCGGCUGUUGAAUGAGAAACUUCCCGCUGAAUUGCGAAAUAUGGUCCACGAUGGUCUCGAGGCUACCCCGAUCUCGAUGGAUGAGGCCAAGAAGUACCGAGAGGAGUUGAUGGAAGAGCGUUCCAUCAAGGCUGACGAGCAGAACAAGCGAUUUGAAACGGGUGGCUUCUCUCUGUGUGAGCAUUGA